AUUGCCACCAAACUUCGAUGAAAAAUCUAUCACUUGUGACUAUGAAAUGGCUGCUUUCAAAAGUGUUUCAGAAAUAUUUUCUACUGCAGAAAUUCGAGGCUGUUUUUUUUCAUUUGGUAAAAAAUAUGAAAAAAAAAUUAUUGGAUGAAUUAGGCCUAAUAAAUCGAUAUAACAAUGAACCCAACUUUUCGUUGUAUGCAAAAAUGGUUAUAGCUUUGGGGUUUAUUCCAAUUGAAGAUAUAAAUAAUGCUUUAUUAUCAUUAUCUGAUAACCUACCAAAUUAUUUGCAACCAAUUUUAGACUGGUUUGAGGACAACUACGUCGGAAGAAUGAACAGGAGAGGUAAUGGACGAAGACAGCCUUUGUUUCCUCACGAAAUGUGCAAUGUCUAUAACAGAACGUUAAAACAACAGGACAGAACUAAUAACCAUGCUGAAGCAGCUCAUGGCCGCCUUCAGACGGAAUUAGGUAUGGAUCAUCUUACAAUCUGGAAGCUUAUAGAUGGCUUACGAAAAGUGCAAACCAAUCGUGACUUUUACUAUGAGCACCUUGUUGCUGAAUGCAACCCCCCCAGUGAAAUUGAAAAAGUACAGGGAUGCCGAUCAACGUAUUUUAACAGUUGUUCGCGAUUAUAAUAACAGAAGCACUAUCGAAUAUUUAAGAGGCAUUGCGUAUAAUUACCAAAUGAAUUUAUAAAACACCUGUAGAAAAUAAAUAUAAGAGAGUAUUAAUUAUUUAGCGCCCAGCUGUCCUGGCGUCCACUUGACUCGCGUCCACUUGAUUCCGCGCCCAGUCGGCGGCGCCCAAUUGUCCCAUUCCGAUAAUAAUAAUAACUAAAAAUGCAUUAUAGUUAGUAGUAAGAUAACAUCAAAGCAACUUGUCGUAAACAUGUGCUGAAGUUUUUAAUUAAUAAUGUGUAUGCCCGUGUUUAAUAAACGAUUGUGCUUUAAAAUUUAAGAAAUUUUUCAAAAUAAAAACCAGAUUUAAGACUCCAUUUUAGUGGAAUUUUUUGAAAACGGUUUUAGUGUAGCCUAAAUAGUCCGAGAUUAUUGAAAUGGGUUUAUUAUACGUUCGUUGAUGUCUUAUUUAGUUUGAACAAAAAAACAUAAUGAACUCCUAGCCUUUAUUGAAAU